AUGACCAGCCUAUCCUCAGACGCAGAUGUAGGCAAAUUUCUCAGCGAUUUUCAGAGACUAAGUCAUGCUCGACACAAGAAGACCGAUCAGACUAUAGGCUCGCCGAAAACUGAUGGAAAUAAUCAGUACGACAAAUCCUCGAAGAACAAGAAAAUUCCACCAAUAGUUCCAAAGAAAAAGUCAUCACUCAGCAGCGUUAUGUCAGGAGGAGAAUCUAACAGAUCAGACGAAUUGAGAAGAAAUGACGUGAUAUAUCUUUUGAGGCCCAGAGCCAGACAGGAGGAGGUGCAUACUUUAACUGCUUCCGAAGGAAUGGAAGAAAAUCAGCUUACUAGACUAAUCGAUUCAAUCGAUAUUGGAACUAAAUAUGAUCUGAUUAAACAUAAUCCACAUGAACCGAAACCGAUAAGGUACGAGGACGUUAUGGGUAAAAUGACAUCGAGAAGAUUAAGGACUGCUACGUCAAUCAGGCCAUCGACUAAGACCGCGAAACCACAGAAACCAGUCAAACCCAGAGUAGGUCCUAAACCCAAAUUGGGCCUUAAACCCAAAUUGGGCCUUAAACCCAAAGUGGGCCUUAAACCCAAAGUGGGUCCUAAACCCAGAGUGGACCCACAAACCCAAGUGAAGUACUAUAUAGCUUCGGGGAGGCCUCAAAUUCUUCACAAAGCUCGUGCGGCUCUUCCCCAGCAUCAACAGGUACAUGAAAUUUGCACACCUACCUCAAUAAUUCCUCUUCAUAAAAUGACAGCAAUACCUCUACCAGGAAUGACACAUGGAUCGACUACCCUACCUUUCAUGAAUCAGCAAGCGAGACUGAAAACAAAUAUACGGUCAAGUUCGUUGGAUAACUCGGAAUUGGACAAGGAAGGGAGAAAACUACGGCACAUCAACAAAAGCAGACCCCGUGGACCAAGGAGAGGACUUCCCCACAGUGUGAAUACGAAAGAAAGACCAAAAGAGAAACUAAAGAAGGUACCACCCCCAAUUAGAAAGUCAUCUAGAAGUGUGCCUUUAGAUACGAGAAUGAUAUAA